UAAGUUUCUACGUGGCCAAAAUAUAACAUCUCCUUCGAGUACAUCGUGUAGAAAUUCGAGGGGUGAUUCUGUCAUUAUUGGCAUGCGAUAUUUAACAUGAGGAACGAUCGACCAGAAUUUUUUCUAGGCAAAUUUUUCCCUGGGAAAGAAAUGGUAAAACAAAUUUCGGCAACAUGAUAUGUCAGCGAUCUCUCCUUGGCUCCUAGCUCUUGACUCACUCAUUUAGCAGCUUUACCUCGGUUCCGAGAUGUAGACUCUUAACCUUAUUCAAUCAUUGAAUUCGAAUCUCUCCAAAGAAAUAAUUUCGAAUUAAUUUCCUUCUCUUCGUUUUUGUAAUUUUAUUACGGAGCGAUCUGUGAUUUACAGUAAUUACAUGAGUUCACAUUGCGACGUAACGAUAUUAUUAAAUGAGAGUCCCCAACGCCAUCGUCACUGCGCUCUACAUCUCGACUGGCAUCUAAAAUGUACUACCCCUGCAUUCUCAUUUGACAACUAAUUCCUCAUUUCAUGCUACUAUAAAAUGUAUGAUUACCUCUAAUAAUAGCACUUUGUUUUGCUUCUAUGGUGCGAUGCUUAAUGAUUUAGAGGAGUGAUGGUCAUAGUUCACAAUGCAACAGCCGGCAGUUCAAUACCCAGCGCUAAUUUUCAAACAAACAACCUGGGACCUUUCCAGGAAAACAUACAAGAUCUCUAUGUCACCGCUUAUUUGAAAGCUGAUGUUCUACCUUUGACAUUCGUGAUCGGUGAUGGCAAGGAGUAUAAUUCUGAAAAACAAAAAUACUUCAACCAACCUCUGAAACAGAAUUCAAGUUAUAUCGUGUUCCUGAGAUUUUUUGAAAGCAACGUGAGUACAAGCUGAAUAAUGGAGCUAAUCAAAUUAAAUUACAUAAUAAGUAUGAAACACGAAAUUUGAUUGGUCAAUAGCCGUGCAGGAUCAGGCUAUCCUGCACGAGGAAUUAAAAUGCCUUCGCGGGAUUUUCGCGGGAUUCUCAAAAUGUCAUUGUCUCACUGUAGUUAUUUCAUAAAACAAUUGCCAAAUGGUUUUCCAAGCAGGAUAGCGUGAUCCAUGCACUUGGGAUGUUGCUCGAGUAUUUUUACGCUUUCCGAAAGUCUCUCGACAUCCCUCGUGCAUGGAUCACGCAAUCCUGCACGGAAAACCAUUCGGCGGUAUAGACUGCCAUAGAAGGGUCUGGAAAGGACUUUGGAAAGUCUACAUUCGGUAUUGCUUUAUUCAUGAAUUUAUGUGUUUUCAGAAGCAAACAGGGAUUGCAUUUAUCUACUUAAAACAAAUAUAAUUAUAGCGAACAAAAACAUCGCUAGUAACCAUCACUGUUGUCUUUUCAAUAGGACUCGUAUUAUUCAACAGAAUGGAGUAGCAGUGUUAAAACUAUGGUAAAACCUCCAGGUAAAUCGUCAAAAAAUAUUACUACUCCGAUCUUUCUCUUAUUGGAAUUAAAUAUUCGCCACCAAAACCUUUCUAAAGUGCUUCUGAAUCUUUUCUGAUCAUUCUGAUACCAAGUUUGUUGAAAAAGUCGAAAAAAUGUUGUUAAUUUGGCGUUUCAAGGUGGUAGUCCAUGCGAAGAAUAUACAGCCGCUAUAAUUGCCACACGUGACGGUAUCGAUGACACAGCCAUACCCUGAACGUGUGAACUGCCAAGAUCUACUUCCGUGUUUACGCAAAGAACCAGUCGAAGUCGACGCCAUGUUUACAAACCGCAUGCAUGGCGAUCCAGCAAGAAACAUCGUUAUGACGUCGUCAUAGCCUACACUGAUUUUUGCAUCUGGAGCGUUUAAUUUCGCGACUUUGAUAGCCGAUAAAAACAAAGCUACACGAAAAUUUAAAAAUCGCUUUUCAGAAUUGGAAUUAACACAAAAAAACUCUAUCAAGAAAAUCUUAACACUGAAAAUUUCUUAAGCACUUUGAACAAUUUCUUAUUACCGUUGCUUCCUAUCGGCUGAAAGUUCAUGUUUUCGUGUCAAACUUUUCCAAAAUAAAACUACAUUCCUGACGUCGUGAAAUAGAUAUCUUGUGAAUGACGACGUCUGAUUGGCCCGUGAGAGAUUAGGUUGAGAUUAGCUAAUAAUAGAUUGCUAUUUUAAUAGUAAUAUAGGCGUAGGAAUGUAGUCACAAUUCUGAAUGUUUUGACGCGAAAACAUGACACGUUUUUUCGGGCGAGAAGAAGCAUCCACGGUUUUGGUAGUAAAUUGAACAUUUUAUAUAGAGGAAUAUAUUGAAAGACGAAGUACAGAACAAUCCACUGGGGAUAAAACCUUCAUGGAACUUUUGAUACCGCUGGUUAUUGCGUGCCUCUGUUUUCUGCUUUCACUGUGUGUGAACAUAUACCAACGUCGCCUUAUUCAAAAUAACGGCAGACAUGCAAAGCACAGAUCUCAGACAUCAAAACAAGCACACCGGACACAGAAUUUAGGUACGUAUAGUGUGAAUCUCUUAUCUUUAGACAUAGAGAUUGAGGGGCGCAACAGCGUCUUAAGAACACCUUUGUACAAGAACCCUUUCAGCUGCAUAUGUCAGUUUUCCAAAUGGAGUCAAAUCAUCUGCUGAUUUCUUAGCGACCCAACUGGGAAUCGACCCUGCCAGCUAGGUCUCUGGUUCCAGGUUAUAAUAUGUCCAUUUUAUGUAUGAAAAUAGAGCACUUUGAGCAAAACUAUCAUUGUAACCUAUUCAAAUAUAGUGAAGUAAAUCGUAUGAUCAGAAAUACAUGUAUGCAGCACCCCCUCGCCUAUAUUUUCCAAACAUUGAUUUAACCUUUAUUUAUUGAGUCUCGCGUUGUGUUGCCACACGGCCCACACGAUCAUUUAAAAUUUUUUAUAUAUUUGUGCAAAAUGACAAAAUAGUUGAAAGUUUAGUACUUUGAACUAUACAACAAUCAAUUUCCGAACACAGGGUGUAUAAAAAGAAAACUGCACAGUUUGAAAAUGUUCGCUCAACUGCAAAUUCCGCAAAAUUUGUGAAAACUAUAUGCAAACAUGGUUACAUGGGUAGUGUCUUCACCACUAAAAUUAUCUGGAAUGCAUGAGAGUUGUUCCUAAAACCUACUUUAAGAAUGGCUUGCGCACAAAAAUGGAAGGCUUAAUAAAACGCCGCAAUUUUACAAUUGAAUUCAUAAGGUGCAAAUUUCGAUGGUGUUUUACGAACUCUCCAAGUACCAGAUGUACAAUAAUGUCACGCAUAAUUUUUAAACUUUUUGUAAAGAGAAUGUAAGAAAUUAAUCAAUCAUGCAUAAAACCAGUCUUGCGUGUGAUAAAUUAUGCGUGAAUUCGAAAUAUGAGGAAAAAAGUACAAGUUUUGGAGGUCGCGCUUAGGACUUCAUGUACAUCAAAUUGUCUGGUACUUUGAUAGUUCAUAAAACACCCUCUAGAUUUGCACCCCAUGAAUUCAAAUUGCGUUUUAAGCCUUCUGUUUUGGUGGGCAAGCCAUUUUUAAAGUGGGUUUUAAAAACAACCCUCCUACCUGUACUAGAAAAUUUAUUUUUCAAAAUAAUUUUAGUGGUGAAGAUACCAGAAGACCCCAAACACCGCCAUGCAUACAUAAAGUUUUCACAAAUUUUGAGGAAUUUGCUGUUUAGCGAACUUUUUCCAACUGUGUGCACUUUUUUAUAUAAAUCCUGCACUACAUGUAACGCGUUCCAAACUAUCUUUGCAUUUUCCAAAAUUCUUUUUUUGGGCUAUUUUCCCCUCAUUUUGCAGAUUUUCUGCUCAUUUUUCGCAAAAUAUAAAAAAACGUUUAAAUACUUUAUGGCUUUAUACUAUCUGCAAAAUAAGUCAAAAGAAAUGAUAUCUGAAAUGAUAUUUGCAAAAUCACGCUUAAAGCGCGAAAACUGUUUCCAUAUAGAAAAACCCGUCAACAUAAACAAUCAUUUUCAAAAAAUCUUGCUGACCAUCAAUUUUUGUCUGCAAAAAUAGAGGAUACGGACUAGCAAAAAUGACGAAUAAGCAAAUUGCAAUACAUUAUGUUGGAAAUGCGAAGAUAUAGAUACACCUUAUUAAGCAGCAUAAAUUUUUGUGAGAUGCUCCAAUUGAAAUAUACAAAAACCUUAUAACUGCAGAGACUGGUAGUCCAAAGUAUCAGAAAUUCUGAUACUUUUGAAAUCCACUUAUCUCAAAUAUACUUAAAACUGCAGAGACUAGUAGUCCAAAGUAUCAGAAAUUCUGAUACUUUUAAAAUCCACUUAUCUCAAAUAUACUUAAAACUGCAGAGACUUAUAAUCCAAAGUGUGAUCAGAUCGAAAUUCUGAUACUUUUGAAAUCCGCUAUAUCUAAAAUAUACUUAAAACUGCGGAGACUAGCUGGUUGUCCAAAGUAUCAGAAAUUCUGAUACUUUUAUAAUCCACUUAUCUCAAAUAUGCUUAAAAUUGCAGAGACUGGUAAUCCAAAGUAUCAGAAAUUCUGAUACUUUUCAUAUCCCCUAUAUGUGAAAAAUACUUAAAAUUGCAGAAAUUGGUAGUCGAAAGUAUCAGAAAUUCUGAUACUUUUGCAAUCCUCAUUAGCUAUAUCUCAAAUAUACUUAAAACUGCAGAUAGUCAGCCGGCCAAGGUGGCAAAAAGUGCCUCUAAAGAGAGUUUGAUGGCAACUUUAUGUUAGAAGCUGGUAACAGGCAUUUUCUUAUAGUUCAAGCCUUGGUGAAUAAGACUGUGUGUGUUACCACUUCUGAUUUUUGCUUUAUAGUAAAAAAAUUGAGAAUUUUAAAAUUUUGCCUAUUAAAUUACUAUGAUGGCAAAAAAUGUAAAAUUUCAUGUUCUCUUAUACAAAAAAUAAACUAUACCACUAGAAAGAGCGCAAAAAACUAUAUAUAAGAUAACUAAGCGACUAGUGCGAUUUUCAAGCCGAUUUUGAAUUAAAGAUGGUUAAAGUUGGCAAAAUGGGUACUAAUUAGCAUUAAUUUGGUCAUUUCUGCAUUUUUUAACAUUAAAAACUCGAAAUAGGAUUGGAAAAACGUAGAACUCACUUAAUUGUCUUAUAUAUAGUUUUUUACGCUCUUUCUAGUGGUAUAGUUUAUUUUUCGUAUAAGAGAACAUGAAAUUUUACAUUUUUUUCUGAUCAUAGUAAUUUAAUAGGCAAAAUUUUAAAAUUCUCAAAUGUUUGGCUAUAAAGCAAAAAUCAGAAGUGGUAACACAUAUAGUCGUGUUCACCAAGGCUUGAACUAUAAGAAAAUGCCUGUUACCAGCUUCUAACAUAAAGUUGCCAUCCAGUUGAACAAAUUGAUGACUUGGCCGGCCGUCUAAGAGACUGGUGUUCCAAAUUAUCAGAAAUAAGCCAUUUAUAUCUCAAAUAUACCUAAAACUGUAGAGACUGGUGGUACAAAGUAUAAAAAGUCUGAUACUUUUUAAUUAAUUAAUUUAAUUUAUUAGCUUUGCCUUGUAAAUAACCAUAAUACAAUUAAUGGCAGGGAGUCCGUAACAGCGCUUAGUUUACUACGCCCCGAUAUUUAAACCAUUUAUAUCGCUGAUACUUUCGUACAUACGAAACAGAUUACAAAAUUAUAGUUGGUCACCAAAUUAUCAGAAUGAACAUAUUAAAUAUUAAAUAAAUUGUAUAUUACUAUCAGUCUCUGCAGUUACUCUGCAGUUAAAUAUACUUAAGUAUAUUUCACAUAUAGAGGAUCUCAAAAGUAUCAGAAUUUCUGAUACUUUGGACUACCGGUUUCUGCAGUUUUAAUGAUAUUUGAGGUAUAGAGGAUUUCAAAAGUAUCAGAAUUUCUGAUACUUUGGACUACCAGUCUCUGCAGUUUUAAUGAUAUUUGAGGUAUAGAAGAUUUCAAAAAUAUCAGAAUUUCUGAUACUUUGGACUACCAGUCUCUGCAGUUUUAAUGAUAUUUGAGGUAUAGAGGAUUUCAAAAGUAUCAGAAUUUCUGAUACUUUGGACUACCAGUCAAUGCAGUUUUAAUGAUAUUUGAGGUAUAGAGGAUUUCAAAAGUAUCAGAAUUUCUGAUACUUUGAACUACCAGUCAAUGCAGUUUUAAUGAUAUUUGAGGUAUAGAGGAUUUCAAAAGUAUCAGAAUUUCUGAUACUUUGGACUACCAGUCUCUGCAGUUUUAAUGAUAUUUGAGGUAUAGAGGAUUUCAAAAGUAUCAGAAUUUCUCAGUACUUUCGACUUAUCAGUCUCUGCAGUUUUAAGUAUAUUUCACAUACAGGAUGUCCCAAAAAAAAUGUCCCCGGUCAUGUUUGGUGGUAUUACUUCGCUAUAUUUAAUCAAAGGUUCAAUUUUUUUGCAGUGGGUUGAAAAACAAUCAUUAUAUUAAUCAUAGUAUUUAUCUCACCAAAAGACUUAACCGUUCGGCUUCUAGAGAUACUUAAGGUGGCAACACCAAUUUUGCAACCCGUCCAAAUUACAGAAAUUAUAGGUUAAAAAUAAUGCAAAUUUGUAGAAGGAUUUCUAAAGUUUCUACCCACCUUUCUGCUCAAAAAGAAAAUGUUUUUUAUCUCUAUUAUUAAACUUUUGUUUCUUGUAGAAAUUAAUAAAAAAAAGAUGAAAAAUCCCUGGCAAAUUGACAAAGGCAAAGCUAAGGUUGGCAAAAUGCCUUAAAUUUGCUGUUUUCCGUUCAAUUUAUUCCAUGAAAGAGCAAAUGUUGGGAUUUCAGCACUAAUCUUUCCCCUUUUCUGGGGAUUGCUUCAUUUUUACAGAAAAUUAAUUCGCGAUUUUGGCUACAACUAAUUACCAUUAAAAAUAUUUUAUUACGUUCCGUAAUAUGUUUAAACCUAUAAUAUUGGUGUCGCCACCGUAACUCUAGAAGGCGAACGGUUAAAUAUUUUGAUGCGAAAAAGUGCAACGAUUAACGUAAUAUGUUCAUUGAUAAAAAAAAUGAAAAAAUGUGAAUAUUCGAUUACAGGUCGUUAACGAUGUAGUACCACAAAAUAUGAUGGAGGACAUUUUUUUGGGACACCCUGUAUAGGGGAUUUGAAAAAUAUCAGAAUUUCUGAUACUUUGGACGUAUUAAGAGUCUGCUUAUAAGAGUAUUCAAACUAUAAAGAAAACAUUGUAUGAUACUUUUAUAAGUUCCAACCCAAUGGAGUGUUGCACAUUUCGUUAUUUAUCCAAGGUGUUUUUUAAAUCGUAAGAUAUUGUCGCAUGUAUUGCAAAUAUUAUCAUUUUUUACAAUUAAAGGUGGUAUUUUUCUCUUAAAAGGUUUUUGGUGUCAGCAAAAUUUUGCAAAUAAGGCUGUUUUUGUCGAAAAAAUAUUAUUUUGGAAAAUGCAAAGAUAGUUUGGAACGCGUUAUGUAUGCAGCUAGAUUGAAAAAGAAAGCAGUGUUUUACGCAAAAAAUUAAAAGCAACAAAAUUCAUAAACUUUAAACAUUCAAAGCAAACUUGCUCUACAUUUCACGAUUUCCUAUAGUAUAUCAAUUAUUCUUAUAUUUCUUUGAUUGCUCGAACGCUCAUUGUAUGAAAUGAUUUUCCAAAUAUAUGUUUUUGGAAAUUGAAAUCUUGCUUAUCGAUCCCACUCUUGGCAAACAGCCAUAUUUUUGAGAUCAGUGAAGAGGUCCACCCAUACACGACCAUAUACACCACUUUAAACUUCGCUAAAUGCUUUCUUUUUCCCCCGAUGUAAAUAGCGGAGCGGAAUUAGUACCCUCGCCCCGGAUUUACUCUUGAAACGGCGCUUUGCGCCGUUGGUUCGCGGACUAAGCAUCUAUUGCAAAUAUGUAUUUCUUCCGUCGUUCAGUAAUUUUUAAUGAACUAAAGAUUUUAAGCUGUCAAACGAUAGCGGCUUAUUCCUUAAAAUGCAAGUAGGGCCUGUUUCGUUCAAGUUUUAGACGUCGGAUUUUCGUCGCCGAAUUUAAUUCUUGAAUGUAAUGCUUCUGAUUUCUAAUUUCAAACUCAGUUUAACUUUUUUCAAUUGUACGAUGAAGCCAAUUAAACACUUUGACAAAUUUAAUUGAAUUUAACAUAAUUAUCGUUGUUCCUUUAUUUAAUGUUUUCUUUUUUCCUUCACGUUUUCGUAAAUUUCUCAAAUAUUUUGCUAUAGUUUUAAUUUUUACUCUGUUUCACUCAGCUUAUUUUUUCCUAUCAAAUUCAUGUCUUGGUGCAUGGCUACAAAACAAUUUUCCGACUGGGAUUAACCAAUUUUGCCGACUGGUGCUCCACCCUUCCUUUAGCGCCGCCCCUGGUUUAAUGUAAUGUGGUGCGUCGAAUAAAAUCACAUGAAAAUGAGAAUUUCUGUCGAAUAAUAAAAUCAACAGCAAUAAAUUCAACGAAUUAUUAAAUUCGACGGUGAUUCAACGUCUAAAACAGGCCUAAAUAACAACAUUAAAUAUAGGGUUGGAAAUGAAUAGUUAAACAAAAACAAAAAAUAUUAUUCGUUGUACGAUUUUCUGACGAUUUGCAACUAUGUUCUUUAAAUCUUACAGAUUCGAAAUCGAUGAAGGGCUUCGAAGGUGCUCAAAAAGGAUCGUACGUGAAUGACGACACUCUAUACGAAACUCCAGACGAAGUUUUGGAAUCUGUUGAACGUAAUUGCACUGGAUCUCGACCAGACAAUUCUACAGGUCAGGAACCUUCGACCUACAUGUCGUUGAAAGACAACCAAGAACCUGAGAAUUUUUAUCAACCACUACAAGCUCCCGGCACAGGUGCUUGUCCAGAUCAUACGAAGGGGGGUGAUCAGCGAAUUCAGACAAUGCAAUAUGAAAAUCUAGCCUUUAAGGCAAAUUUCAGUGGCGAAUGAGAUUUAAUUAAGAUAUAAAACGUAAUAUGACUGAUGACUAUGCCAAGGGGCUGUUUACAUGAUUCAGAGUUGCCGAGAGAUAGGAUGGAAGCAUAAGACGGGAUGAUUUUGAUGUAUUGAAAUAAGUCGCUAGGCUUAAACGAAAGUUCCAACGCCGGUUAAAGGUCUAAAAUCUUGGCGAGAACAUGUCAUAUUUAUACUAUUGCUGUUUGAACAACAUUUUAUUUAGAAUUGUAUACUGUAAUCUAUCACAUUAUAAAAUAAUUAGUUGUGGUGAAUCAUGAACUGUGACUUAUUCCAAUCCCGCAAUUAUUAAUUAUCCCGCUUCUCAUCUCGUCCCGGCAAAGCGAGAUCAUGUAAAGAGCCCCCAAGAACUAGUUUCAUAUACUGGGAAAUAUAGGUUAUCAUAUACUGGGAAAUAAGUGAUCUUAUAUUGGGACUGAAAUACAGAACAGGAUCCUGAGGAAUGCUUUCAAUUUUUCAUGCAUCGGAGAAUUUUAAAUAAUCUCACUUAAUAUACAUUACGGAAUUACACAACUAGAAAUACAUGACAUGCGUGCAGAAACCGCUCGCCUUGCUAACCAAGCAGUUAUAUUUUUCGAAACGUGAGUAUUUUGAAGUGGUUAUCAUGAUAACAUUGCAUAAUCAUUUUUUUAGUUUCUGUUAUUUCCUAACAAAUUGUAAAAAUAACGAAAAACUUAUAUCAGAUGCAAUUACAAAAACUUUUAAUUUUUAAACUUAGUUUUGCCAUUAUGCGUAAUACAGUAUAAGCUUCAAUUUAAUGUAAAUUAAAUUCAACCUAGAAUGCUGCAAAAAACGUUUUGAAAUGUUUAUAAAACUAAACUGUUUUUAUCGACAAACUUCGUGUUUGAAACACAACCACUUCAAAUCAUGCAACCCUUUGUGCCGGAUAGUGUUUUACCAUAUACCGGAUGGUAUUGGAUAGGUUCUAAUCAAAGUCCUAGCACUAUCCGGUAAAUAUUUGGCAAAUUUUUAUUGCAUAUACUGCGGAUGUCUAUAUUUUACUGGAUAUCGGAUACCAUGAGUAUCUGGAUCCGGCACAUCCCUACAAAGGGGUGGGUACACUUUUAUAAUGUAUGUAUCCUCGACAGAGGGUUAUACAAAUACUAAAUGGUCGGCCUCUGAACUGCUUGGCCAUAGGACAAUUAUGUACUUAGCCUGCGAACAGGCUCUCAAGCUGAAUUGAGAGCCUGCAUCGAUAACUAAUGAAUUUGAAUAUCUGCC